AUGAUACCUGCUAUAUUGCUUUAUUACCAAUAGCAAAUCAUUUCAAUGUCCUCAAUGUGAUUGCAAAGAUAUAAAUAGAUUAGAAUUACAUUCAACACAAAAGAAAAAUGAUCUCCAGAAUUGUGUUUCAGAGAGAGCUCGUAAUAUUAACAAUGGCAAGCAAUAGAAAAUUAAAGAAAGCAUUUUCACUGUGUAAAAAAAAUUAAAUCACGUAGUUGAAGUAAGAUUACGUAGAUAUAGGAUCGCACAUGCAGUUAUAUUAAUGUACGCAUUUUAUCCCGUGGGUACUAUUUUCUUCAUUAAAUGUAUGAUCACAAUAAGUGACAGAAAAUAUAAAACUUAUCACAUAACCCGCACCACAAUAUAACCCGUACCAACGGUGGAAGUUGUAAAAAUCAACUUAAAAUCUCUACACUUUUUCUUUGAUUUCUCCAGUAACCAUUUAUUAACACAUUGGUAUUUGUAACAACUUUUUAGAGAGAAUAAUGAAUAAUAUUGGUGGACCUGUACCAUUUUCAAUAAACAUGCCUGAUAAAGUUUUGUCUUCUCAUGGCUACAAUGAAACAAGAUCUCCACAAAGAUUAGAUUUUCCAUCAACAAGAGCUAUAUUAUGGAACCGUAGUUCGUUAGGAAAUCCAUCUAGCAUUAUGUUUAUCAAGAACGAAAAGUUAAAACUUAUAAUUAACGAGAGAACAUUGUAUCUUGCAUACAAACAACUUCAAGUGCAGAACAAAAGCUUCAAUGGUUUUUUUAUUGGUGAUUUAGAAUUUAAUGACGAUGAAGGGAUUUGUGUAAGAAUUGACAGAUUUGAUCCUGGUAGAGAUGGACAAAUCAAAACAGGCACUGAUGUUCAAAACAUUAGAAUUCCUACAGCAAUGAUCCCUGGAGAUUUUUGUAUUCCUGUUUUGUUACAGCAUGGAGUGGCUUUUGUUGAUCAUCAUACAAGUGAGACACACUCUGUUUCCGAAUUUGUUAAAACGUUACAGGUAUUAAAAAGUUGGUGCUCAAGGAAAGAUAAAUUGAAUGUAAGCAAUUUUCUCUCUAUGAAGAUAAAAUGUUGCUUCCAAAAAGAAGAUGACGAUAUUCUUGCGUUUGUAACAAGUGGAUGUGUUGUUAUGGCAGAAGAUUUUAAAUUACAGCCUAUCAAUACAAUUCCAAUUAUUCAAACUGCACUUGCAAGAAAUCUUGCAAGCCUAUCUUCUUUAAAUGAAGUCCAGUCACAAGUCAAAACAGGUUUUAUUACUAUGGAUCAAACAAGGAAGCUUCUUCUUCUUAUUGAAACUGACCCAAAAGCCUACACACUACCCCUAGUUGGAAUUUGGAUCAGUGGUAUAGAUGCAGUAGAAUCAGUAGAAACAUGGGCGGCUUGUGUUCGCUUUGUACGCAGUGAAAAUAUUCUUGAAAGAGUAUUUGCUCCACCUAAUUGCUAUCUUUUGGUUGCGUAUAUCAGCACAUCUCCUAAUCCAGUAUUUUUUGAAUUUUCAUUAAACAAUGGUAGAGAGGAAGGUCAUAAAUUCAGGUUUGUUUCAUGUUGCGAAGGAAUCCAGUUAAGCACAGUGAAAAAUACAUUGGAUAGUGCUGAAUGCGCCUUUGAGUUAGUUGAACCCAAUUCCGGUCUGUUAGCAAGAAAUUUUGAUCACGCAUUAUCAGCCAACAACAUGACCAGUAAAUCUGUUCAUGAUGCUUCUGGCUCUAGUGAUACUGACCAACGUAGUAAUGAAGGUUUGGAUGAUUCGUUGCCGCACAAUUUUCCCUCCCCUUCUCCUCACCCUUCUUCAGUACAGGCUUUUCAAGCAACACCUUCAGUUCCAGACCUUUCGCUCUGUGAUUCCUUUGUUGUGGAAAAUGUAAAUAAAAAAUUUGAGGAAGACGUAGAUGUUGUCUCAAGACAACCAGUUUCUAAGUCUACUAAACAAAAAAAUGUGGCUCCUCGUCAAACUAAAGCGAGUAUUGCUAGAAUGGAACUAAAUAAACAAUCAAUCAAAGUUGAUGAGAAUCAAAAACAGUCCAAAAAUCGACUGGCUAUUAAUUUCAAGAAGAAUGUGAAAAAAGAUGUGAAAACUAUGAUUGCGAAUACAGAAAAAGAAAUAGUUCAAAGCAUCGACACAGUGAAAAAGAAUUAUGUCGUAGAUCAUGAAGACUCAACACCAAGGCUACCUGUUCAAAUAAGAUCACAUUUUUCUAAUAUAAAUAGCAUACCAAACUUUGACAUGCAAGAUAAUUUACAAAAGGAAUUUUUUAAUAAAGAUGGAAUGAAUGUAUCAAGUAAUCAGUCUUACCAUCCAGAGAAUUAUUCUGAUAUUAACGAUGAUCAAAGUUUUAUAAUUGACGGUAAAAAGGAUGAUGGUGUCAUUAUGGCGGAAGAAGUACACACUGUUGAAGACAUCAUGAGAGAAUCUGCUCUUAAAAGGACCUUAUCCAGUCCUUGUGAAGAGGAAAUGACUGUAUCACCUGUUCUUUCUUCAUUGAACGCACAAAAAGAAAGCUUGUCACAUGCUUCUGAGGUAAACAAAAAUUUUUGUUCAAAACAAAAAAAAGAAAAUUUGCAAAAUCUAAAUAAUCCAGCACCCACACUGGCUAUUAGUGACGAAAGUUCGAAAACAGAUUUGUACAACUUGGUACUGGCACAACAAGAGCAGCUAACAAACCUACAGACACAGCUUCAAUUAUUUAUGAAUCACCAAAAAGUAAAUAAAGAAUCUUCAGAAAAAGCUGUGAACGCAGAAGAGAUAAAAAAAGAUGUCCUAAACAUACAAGAACAGCAACAACAGCAGUUAAACCAUUUGCAGCAACAACUUGAGUUAUUUUUGCACCAACCAUCACCCAUGCUAACAACUGACACCUCAACACAGUGUAGUAUUGCUGAAAACACACUUUCUGCAUCAAUUGGUGUGAAUACUGGAGAAAGUUUGUUGAUGACUGGUAAUGAUGCAACAUCUAGUGUUGUAACCAAUUUUAACAAUAGUGGUGAAUUGAAAUAUGUUGGUGACAAAAAGAAAUGUUUGUGUUGCCAGCAUUGCCACAGAAAGAAAAGAAAAGAAUCAUUUAAAUCUAAGGAAACUCCUGGAAACACUGCUAAGAAUUUUCAUACACCAAGUUUAUCUGAACUUGUUUCUGAAGAUAUUGAUGGGUCAAUGUUUAAUGACACUGCCAGCUCAAUUCAAACCAUUGCAUCAUCGUUAAAAGGUGUUGACAUUCCCGUGUUUGAUGACAGUCAAGAGGAAUGUGUUUCACCAGAGAAAACAAAAGUAUUAAAAAGCAAAUGGGAGACAAGUCCUAUGUUAGGUGAAAGUGCAAGUAUGGUAGCAGAGGAAGAAAGAAAUAUGCCUUCGGAAGUUUCAAAUGAAGCACAAGUAAUGAUAAAUGAAAGCGAUAUGCCUGACACACAAGAAUUUUACUCACAAAUGAUGGAACAAGUUCAAAAGAUGAUGGCUGCUCAAAAUAUUGUUAAUGCAAGUAAGUCAAGAGAAAUCUUAACUCCCCCUAACAAAGAAGUUAUAACUGAAGAACAACAGAUAAAUCAUGUACGGAACACGACUGUAAAGCAGUUGCAACAAAUCAUACAACAGCCUAACCUAAGCCCACCUAUCGAUGAACAUCCCUGGUCAUUAUCUAAAAGUGUGGUUCCAGCAUACCCCAGAAUCAAUUAUAUGUCAAUGUCAGUAGAUGAAACGUACAAUGAAGAUAUGUUUGCCAAUAUUGACGAGAUAGCAUCGAAAUAUGUCUCAAAUGUUUUUAAGGAAAAAAAUGUGGUGAAGAACAAAACUGUUAAAUUUGGCAAUGUGUACGAAUGGCAGACAUUGGCCACUGCAGGCAGCAUGACUAGUUUUAAUAUAUCAUGCAAUAUGUCAAUUGCAUCAAAGAAAUAUCUACAAAAAUAUGAUCUAGUUGAAUAUAAAACAAAUAGUACAAAACAACCUCUGGAAGAUGUUAAUGGAAGGUUUGUUGAAAAGAAGAUUUCUAAAAACAUAACUCGAACAGAACAUAAAACAAAAUUAGAAGAUAAAGAAAACAUUUUAGAUUUUAAUAAAAUUCGUAGUUUGCCUAAAUUACUGUGAAAAGUUUGUAUAUAAUCUUUUUUUCCUUUUUGUGUUUAUGUUAACCUAACAAAAACCUCAUACUUUAUAUUUUGAAAUUAGCUUUGAUGUAUGUCACAUGUUGUGAUGUAUGAAAGACGAGUGUGUAAUUGAGUGCUUAAAGAUGUCUCCUAUCUUCCUGAAUUUUUUUGUCUGUAUAGUAUCUUUUUUGUUUGUUUGUUUGUUUGUUUGUUUCUUGUGAGAUAUAACUUAAAAUAGGAUUGUAAAUAUUUGAACUUAAAAUGAAUGAACUUGUGUGUUUUUUGACAAAAAAUGUUAUGAAAUUUUGAAAAAGAAAAUUUUUGAUAGUAUGUGUAGAAAAACGUCUGGUUAUUUUUUGUAAAUAUAUCAGAUCCCAUA